AUGAUCGUACCUCGUCUUCGGAGUGAAGCCCGUGGCGGGUCAUCAUCUGGUUCAUCAACUCGUUAUAGUGGAGGUGUUUAUGGAGGUAAAAUACAUCAUGGCAACAAUUCCAAUGAUCCUGAUCUUAAACGAGCUCUUCAAUGUUCUUAUACAUUACAAGCUGUACGAAGAUGGGAAAAACGUUGGGUAGUCAUUCAUGAAACAUCAAUGCGUGUUCAUAAAUGGAUGCCAGCACCAACAACAGCUCCAACACUUGCUUCACAAACUGUUGUUGACAAAACAGCUGAUCCUGCUAAUAAUAAUAAUGAUACUGAGAAACAACCAGAAGAAAGUCAAUUACAACAAAAACAGCAAGAAUCUACUGCUACUGAAACACAAGAUACUCAAAUGUUAGUCGAUGAAGAGAGCACUAGUCAAUCAAGUCAAGCUUAG